AACUGGAGAUGGCUUUAUGUGCUCUGUGUUUUAAAGCGGAUUAAUAAGGACUUUUAAUUCGAUUGGGGAAAAUAGAAGAAAGCAGAAGUGAUAAAUGGAGGACCCUUUGUUGACUCAGAGUGAGCACAUCGUCGAUGACGUUACAAUCCAUGGCGAUUCUUCUUCAAAUGAAGAGCACAUCGUCGACGUUACAACCAAUGGCAAUCCUUCAUCAGCUGAUGAGAAAAGACCGCAUGAGGGUGUCCAAUGGAGUGAUAUAUUUACAUUUACCACUGUUUGUAUUUUGGUCGAGUUUGUUGUGGCUUUAGUCCAGAUUGUUGCCGCCAUUGUUGUUCUGACUCUGGCAAAAGAUGAACAACCUCCACAAAAAAUGUUUCCUACACUGAUCCUCAGUUAUACCGGUUGCUGUAUUGCCACACUCCCUAUUCUAGGUUUGCGUUUCUGGCAUUCUUACCGAAGUGUUAGCACAGAGACAAGAAUCUACGAGGUGGUGGACAUUUUGAAAAAGAUGCUUGAAUAUUUCUUCGUGGGUUGGGUUGUGGUGCUUUUAUGGCAUCUUAUCAACAACUCAUCAUCUAUAGAUAAUACUACGCAACAGUUCUGGUUAUGUAUGACUUUCCUUGCUAUCAGCUGCAUUCUACAUGUUCUUCGUAAUCUCCCCUGUGCGGGAGUUUGUUUUCUGUAUCCUAUGAUACUAUAUCUUUCCCAAUCGAUAGACUUCGUUGGUGACAUUACUGAUGAGAUAAAUUUGACUACGUCUAUAAUCCUAUUAUGCUUUGGAAUCUUUGCCUGCAUUAUCUGUGGUUGUUGUUCCAGAUGCUUAUGCAGAUAAAAAGAAGAAUGAUCAUGUCGCUUUCUUCUUUCUUUUGUUUAAAAUGUUGUAAUACUCUAUUUAUUUAUCAAAUAAAGCCAAGUGUCACGAUUGAAUCCU